GCAAACCCGGACCUCUGUCCUUGUGAACCACUUCCUGUGAUGUCCCCCUGAGCCUCCAGAGAGGGGGCUCAGGGGGCCCGAUGGCCUCCCGCCCCCCGUGGCCCUGUAGCCCCAGCGGGCCAGGGGAAGAGCCCAGGAAGCCCCAGGGGCCAGGAUGGGCAACCGCACGUGGGAGGGCUGCCAUGUGGACUCACGAGUGGACCCCCUCUUCCCGCCGUCCCUUUACAUCUUCGUCAUCGGGGUGGGGCUGCCCACCAACUGCCUGGCCUUGUGGGCUGCCUACCGCCAGGUGCGCCAGCGCAAUGAGUUGGGCGUCUACCUGAUGAACCUGAGCAUCGCCGACCUGCUGUACAUCUGCACGCUGCCGCUGUGGGUCGACUACUUCCUCCACCACGACAACUGGAUCCACGGCCCCGGCUCCUGCAAACUCUUCGGCUUCAUCUUCUACAGCAACAUCUACAUCAGCAUCGCCUUCCUCUGCUGCAUCUCCGUGGACCGCUACCUGGCCGUGGCCCACCCUUUGCGUUUCGCGCGCCUGCGCCGGGUCAAGACAGCGGUGGCUGUGAGCUCGGUGGUCUGGGCCACUGAGCUGGGGGCCAACUCGGCACCGCUCUUCCAUGACGAGCUCUUUCGCGAUCGCUACAACCACACCUUCUGCUUCGAGAAGUUCCCCAUGGAGAGCUGGGUGGCCUGGAUGAAUCUGUACCGCGUCUUCGUGGGCUUCCUCUUCCCCUGGGCACUCAUGUUGCUGUGCUACCGAGGCAUCUUGCGGGCCGUGCAGAGCAGUGUGUCCACAGAGCGCCAGGAGAAGGUGAAGAUCAAGCGCCUGGCGCUGAGCCUCAUUGCCAUCGUGUUGGUAUGCUUUGCACCGUACCACGCUCUCCUGCUGUCUCGAAGCGCCGUCUACCUGGGCCGGCCCUGGGACUGUGGCUUUGAGGAGCGAGUCUUCUCCGCCUACCACAGCUCCCUAGCCUUCACCAGCCUCAACUGUGUGGCCGACCCCAUCCUCUACUGCCUGGUAAACGAAGGAGCUCGCAGUGACGUGUUCAAGGCCCUGCACAACCUCCUCCGCUUCCUGGCCAGCGACAAGCCCCAGGAGAUGGCCAAUGUUUCCCUCACCCUGGAGACACCCUUGACCUCCAAGAGGAGCACCACCGGCAAGACCUCCGGGGCUGUCUGGGCAGUCCCUCCGACCGCCCAAGGGGAUCAGGUGCCGCUGAAGGUGCUGCCGCCACCAUCACAGUGAGCGGGGCCCAUAAGCGAUUCUCAUGCUCCGCCCCUCUCUGCUGUUUGCAAACGUAUGUAAAUAUGGCCUGUGAAUAUUCGUAAGAAUAC